UCAGUCAGCUAAUUAACAAAAUGUACAGUAGGGUUUUCAGAAGAUUUUUAUUAGUAAGUGGGCAGUUACCGAGUAAAUAUGAAACUGUGGUGAAAUCCCAAGGGUUUUUUUCUCCGCUGCUCCAAACUCCUGGUGGAAACAGUGGGAGAACUUUUUUUACUGGACUGAGACAUUGCAAUUCUCAACUGACUCCGGAUAAAGAUGCUAAAGCUCAAAAGAGGAUUGAUGAGUGGAUCCUGAAUCCUGAUAAUGAGAAACAGUGGAAGGUAUUGCAGUUGGAGGUGGAUGUUCACAGGCAGAAUGGAAAUCCUGUGCCAGAGGUGUUAAAACCUAGGCAUUGGCUGGAGCUGACUCUCCUGGACAGUAGAAAUAAGAGGAGAAAGUAUCUGGAGUUUUUGUUCGGCAUCGAGAAGAAAAAGGAGCACGGCAUGGAGAAGAAAAGAUUGGCGAAAGAAGAGAGAGAGAAGUAUCUGGCCAAAGAGAGAGACCCAUCAUUGCCCCCAGUCUACUUGGACUAUUGCCUGGGUAGGAACUCACCCUUCCUCAGGUUCUUCGAUUCCACGAUCAAUCAAUUGGGCAAUUGGAGAUUGAUGAAGGCCAUGAUGUACGGACAGAAAAUAGUAAUGGACUGUGGAUAUGAACACGAGAUGACGAGAACUGAGGCCAGAAAUUGUGCUAGACAGAUGAUGCUCACUUGGGCUGCUAACAGAGAGCAUCUGGAUCCCUUCGAUCUUCACUUCUGCAACUUAAAUGUUGAUGGUGAUCUGCACUCGAAUUUUCUGGCGUUUAUUCCCACUAUGUAUGAUGAUGAUUUUCCCAUGAAUGUCACUUCAAAAUCCUAUCUCGAUCUUUUUGAUAAAAAACAGCUCGUGUAUUUAACACCAGAUACCAACGUAGAACUCAGGGAAUUCAGUUAUGAUGAUAUCUAUAUCAUCGGAGCACUCGUCGACAAGUUGAGUGGACGACCUCUGUCGAUGGCAAAAGCCAAAAGGGAAGGGCUAAGAAUGGCAAAACUCCCGAUAGACCGUUAUCUGCACUUCGGUGGAGGUGGAAACAAGUGUUUAACAUUGAAUCAGAUGAUUUCAAUUCUUCUAGACAUUAAUGCCUCCAACGACUGGGAAUAUGCCCUCAGACAUGUGCCCCAGAGGAAGCUAUUCCACAACAGACAGCAGCACCUGCAGAACCGAGUGAAUAAAUUUAUAAAGCAUUCAGCAGAACAAGCGUCUGUCUUUUCUUCUGGACCACCCCAGGACUUCUCUCUGAAAUCCAGAAAAAAGUUUAGAGUAAAUUAAACAACCGCCUGUUAUCGUUUCGAUUUUUGAGUUAAUAAACGAGGAAAAAAUUGA